AUGUCCACCAAGGCUAUCCUCGCUCUCGUCGCCGCCGCCACCACCUUGACGGCCCCAGCCCACGCCGCCUCGGGCAACGGCGUGACAACCCGGUACUGGGACUGCUGCAAGCCAUCAUGUGCGUGGAGCGGCAAGGCAGCCGUGUCGUCGCCCGCUCAAACCUGCGACCGCAACAACAACCCGCUGACCGACGCCGACGCCAAGUCUGGCUGUGACGGCGGCGUAGCCUACACCUGCAGCAACUACUCGCCCUGGGCCGUCAACGACGACCUCUCGUACGGAUUCGCGGCGACCGCUAUCUCGGGAGGUAGCGAAGCCUCAUGGUGCUGUGCCUGCUACCAACUAGAAUUCACCUCCGGUCCCGUGGCCGGCAAAAAGAUGAUCGUGCAAAGCACCAACACGGGCGGCGAUCUCGGCAGCAACCACUUCGACAUCCUGAUGCCGGGAGGCGGCGUGGGUCUCUUCGACGGGUGCAGCGCGCAGUUCGGACAGGCGCUCCCGGGCCAGCAGUACGGCGGCGUCGGCAGCCGCUCCGAGUGCGACUCGGCGAGCAUGCCCGAGAGCCUGCGGGCCGGCUGCAAGUGGCGCUUCGACUGGUUCCAGAACGCCGACAACCCUUCCGUCAGCUUCACGCAGGUCGCGUGUCCCGCUGAGCUCACUGCUAUCUCGGGCUGCAAGCGCAGCGAUGACGGCUCGUUCGGGGCGGCCUCGGUUUAA